AUGUCCCAGUACGAACGAAUGAUGAAACAGAACCUCGUCAAAAAGACACUCCAAGAGAAUCCCGGCAUCCUCAAUGGCAAAGGAACGAUGAAAAAGCCACAAAAUAGCUUCUUGACGGUCGUGCUCCUUGUGGCAGCGUCCAGUUCCCUUACAAUGCUUGUAUACCUAGGAUCCAAGGUCUACAAGGUAUCGCUGAACGAACUGGACAACGCGUCACAGUGUGCCUUUUUGCCCCUUUGGCUCAGCUUCAAUUGGCCCUGGGACCGCAGAUUUGGCUUCCCGCUGUACCUCAAGUACUUUGAUCCCGAGUUCCACGAGUAUGUGGAGAGCAUCCCCAACUUCACGGAUGACCUACAUCUGCAAAACGUCCAGUUUCUGGUUUUGGACGAGCUUUUCCGCCUGAAGAUUGUGAGGGACACGUUUGGCAUUCCGCUUUUGCUUAAAACGGAAGAUCUGGACUUCUUUGAUAGCUGGAUCGAGACUGAACACCCCACGAUUCACGGACCCAAGAUCACGAUAACCAAAUCCGACGGCAAAACUCAUCUUGCGUGGCGCUGGGCGAUAUCUCCGCUUCCCUGGUGGGGCGAUAUCGAUAAGGCACUUACAGCCUUUGGGUUCAAGCUAGAUAGGCUAGAUCCCAACGAUGCGAUGAAGAAAACCUCCGAAAAGUCUAGUGGGCGUGUUCACGAGGUUACUUCAAUUGACAUGAAGCCAAAGAGAGUGAUUACUUCCGACAAAGACUACAAUAUCGUGUUUCUGGGUCUGUUCCACUUGAGCAACUCCUCUACAACCAAGGCAGGUAAGGUGAACUACACAGGUAUGAUUGACUUUGACCACAUGGGAAUCAACAAGGUGAAAAUCGUCAAUGGAGUGCCUGAGCACUUGAGCGGGGACCAAACCGUGGAGGUUAUACCUGGGAAUAAUGAUCAUUACAUUUCUAGGGUCGAUACGGAUCAUACCUCGUCCAAGAAACUCGACUUCUUAUGCGGGUCUGUGACCAGGAUUUUGGAGCUUCUCCAGGCGCAGAAUGGAGCAACCCAAUCGCAGUCCAUUUUGAACAGUGACGUGAAGUUGCUCCUUGAUGCAGCAUCGACGAUGAAAGACCAUCCCACUUCACAGACCUUCCCUGUCACACCCCAGGUGAUCCAGGAUUCGGUGACAGAGGCCCUUGCAACGGACGUGCCGCAACAGGCUGAAGAAGAGCCUCCACAUAUCAUUCUAGGCCCUUCAAAAGGCUUUGAGACAUCCCCAUUCAGUUUGUUGGCAGACAACCCAGGAUCUGUGUCGAGGCCAGUACUGAACCUUCUCAAACUCAGAGCUUCACAUGGCCAACCUGCAAUUGUGCUGAGCGAAGGUGACAUCAUAGAUGCUGGCGUUCUCACCAAACUUGAGGUAAUUGACCUUAUGAAUGACUUCAGGAGCAAUUACGGAAGAUGGGUUCUGUUUCCCAGCGAUAUGUCUACGGAGGAUUUGAUAGACAGCGUCAGGAAAAAGUCUUCUCUUUUGAUAACUACGUGCUGCUGUUUGUCGUUGAGAUACUCCCUCAAUGGCAAGCCGAACCCCGGUGACGUUGAUAGCCACCGCAGAAAGAAAAUCACAUACAAAUUGUUAAUCCAGCAUUUGCUUCGGGACCUCAACAAAACACUUCUCAAAGUCGCUUGUUUCCAGGGAUGUGGCGACUCAAAGGGCGAUAUCGAAGACCUUCAAGCCAUGGUUAUUCUCUCAAUCUACUCGAUGUCCUUGUCCUCAAUAGCGUGCAGCACCGUCGAUGAUGACCCUCUUCUUGAUGAUGAAGUCAGCAUUAAAGAACUCAAUAUGGACUCAUGGAGCCUUUCAGGCACCGCACUAACAACAUUCAUUUCCAAAUCCAACUUCGGAAUAUUGCUCCACAGGGCAGAAGACGAAACGCCUAACUUUACAUUCCUUUUUAACCAAUUCGAUUCUACCGAAUACCAGACUCUCACGAUGUACCGCAUCUACAACCACCUCAUUCUCAAUCACUUGGCAAGUUGUAUUUUCAGUGGAAGGAUGUGCAUUGUCGAUCAGAUCAGACUUAGCCAUUGCAACCUCGCCCUAAGCCUACCCAGCGCUACAAACUUCGAUGGCCGAAUGGUAAGUGAAAUUGGCAUAUUGUUGAUCACUUACAACUAUAUUCAACUCAGCUGCAAUGGAGCACUGGCAAACGAUCCGGAGCAAGUAGAGCUUGCUUUCAAAGGCGUGAAGGAAGAGAUCAAAGGAUGGUACGAGCAAUGGGAAUACUUAUUCUCCCAACCUGCGAUCUCGUUUGUUGAGUCCACACUCUCAUUUUGCCUCAUACUUGUGCAUCUCAGCUACACGCAAGAGAAGGUGGGGGCUUCUAAGCGUCAACCACCAUCACCAGCGAGUAUUCAAGACAGAUUAUUGACGUCACUCACAGACUGCGACAGAAAGUGCAUAAGUCAGAUCGUCUCGAGCGCCUACUACCUUGUUGAUUUUUCUAUAAAGAUCCAGAACGACUCGUACUACGCGUACUUGUCGGACCAAAUCCACUUUUUCUUCUAUUUUGGUUGCGUUGUAUUGCUCAAGGGCCUCAGCCAUCUCAAAGCACACGAUAAGCUUCACUAUUUGAAUGACCAAAAUGAUCAAAAUGAGCUCAAGGAAUCGACAUGGAAAGAUGCGCUAGUCAAGUCGAAGCAGCUCACAGCCUUGUCGGCAUAA